AUGGCGGAAAAGAAAGCUUGGGUAACUUUAGUAACAGAAAAUUCGUAUUUAAAAGGAUUACAGUCAGAAGAUUUAGAAUCAAUCAAAAAUGAAGGAUGUGAACUAAAAGCAAUAGAGAGAAUUCAUCCAACUAAUAAACUUAAAGAAUAUAUUUGGGACCAUUAUCAAGAUUGUUGGACAAAAUUAAGAGUUUGGGAUAUAGAAGGAUAUGAUAGAGUAGUAUUUUUGGAUGCAGAUAUAUUGGUAAUGAAAAAUAUUGAUCAUUUAAUGAAUAUGAAUUUACCUAAGGAUUUUUUGGGUGCUGUUAAUGCUUGUACGUGUAAUUCAAGAAAAAAACAAAAUUAUCCAAAAGAUUGCGGAUUAUUAGUUUUAACACCAUCAAAGCAAAUAUUUGAAGAUUUAUCGAAUUUUCUUUAUAACCAUCCUGAUGUUGAUUCUCUUUGUUUUCCAGACCAAGAUGUUUUAAAUAAAUAUUUUAAAGGAAAAUGGGUACCAUUACCAUAUAUUUAUAACGCUAUAAGGGUAUUAAGAACUUGUCACGCCUCCACAUGGGAAGACAAAGCAGUCAGAAAUGUACAUUAUGUUAUGUCUGGUAAACCUUGGAAAAAAGAAAUUGUUGAUUUCGAACAAGAAUAUGAUGAUAUUAAAAAAACUGGCGAUCAAGAAGCAAUUUUUUUAUUUAUAUUAAACAGCUGGUGGUGGAAAGUAUAUAAAGGAAUUGAAUUCAGGAUUGGAGAUGAUUAUUAG